AUGAAGGAAUCCGGUGUAAUUAAUGAAAAAAAUAUUGAGGAAUCAAAGGUAGCUCUAGUCUAUGGCCAAAUGAAUGAACCACCGGGAGCUCGUAUGAGAGUUGGUUUAACUGCCCUAACUAUGGCGGAAUAUUUUCGAGAUGUUAAUAAGCAAGACGUGCUUUUAUUUAUCGAUAAUAUCUUUCGUUUUGUUCAAGCAGGAUCAGAGGUAUCCGCUUUAUUUGGGAGAAUGCCCUCCGCAGUGGGUUAUCAACCUACUCUUAGUACAGAAAUGGGUUCUUUGCAAGAAAGAAUUGUUUCUACUGAAAAGGGAUCUAUAACUUUGAUUCAAGAAGUUUAUGUACCUGCACACGAUUUGACCGACCCUGCCCCUGCCACAACAUUUGCACAUUUGGAUGCUACUACCGUACUUUCCAGAGGAUUAGCUUCCAAGGGUAUUUAUACAGCAGUAGAUCCUUUAGAUUCAACCUCGACUAUGUUACAGCCUCUGAUCGUUGGCAACGAACAUUAUGAAACUGCGCAAAGAGUUAAGGAAAGUUUACAACGUUACAAAGAACUUCAGGACAUUAUCGCAAUUCUUGGCUUGGAUGAAUUAUCGGAAGAGGAUCAUUUAACUGUAGCAAGAGCAAGAAAAAUUGAGCGUUUCUUAUCACAACCGUUCUUUGUGGCAGAAGUUUUUACUGGUUCUCCAGGAAAGUAUGUUGCUCUUGCGGAAACUAUUAGGGGAUUUCAACUAAUACUUUCCGGAGAAUUAGACGGCCUACCUGAACAGGUUGUUUAUUUGGUGGGUAACAUCGAUAAAGCUAGCACGAAAGCUAUAACCUUAGAAGAGUUGAACAAAUUGCAGAAAUAA